AUGCAAGAUGUCGUUGUUGCUAUACAGGUUCUCAAUGAGCCUUUCUUGCAAAAGCUAGACAAAGAAGUGGUCAAGCAGUUCUACCGCGAUGCCUUCUACAACUUGAGAGAAAUCAGCGACACGCCUAUUAUGCUGCACGAUGGGUUUGAGGAUCCCAGCUGGAUGAAUGGCUUCUUGACGCCACAGGAUAAUGACGCGCAAGGCGUGGUGGUGGAUCAUCACGAGUACCAGAUCUUCUCCGAUGGUUCGACGAACCUGACAGUGAAAGAGCAUUUAACUCUAACCUGCAAUCUCGUAGGUAUGUACCGUCGCCACUUAAGUGCAUCACUAACACAUUUCACCAGGUAA